GGGAGGGGAGCUGCAGUGCCAAAACUCUGCUGGUGGAUCGGAUGGCAACGAACUUAACGCUCUUUUCUGGGACCCUUCAGAGAGCCUCGACUGUUCCCUCCCCCGACCUCCUAACACCCCCAGACCUCCACAUCCUGGCAAAUAGACCCACAUCCCUCACUGGGGCUAACCCUCUGCGCGCGUUGGAGAAACCGCAGGGCUGUCCCAUCCCUCCCAUGCUGGAUCCCAGAGCUGGUGCCAAGAAGGGUGCACCUGAGUGUUUCCUGCCUACCCACGAGCAGCGAGCUCCCUGAAGCACACCCCUUCCCCUUCAAGGAGAGCACCCAUGAACCGUUGUCCCUGUUCUGCAUUUUGACCAGAAAGCUUUGUGAUCAGCGAGGGUACACAGAACAGAUAUAUGUCUCUCCCCUCUCUGUGUCUUCUGUGUCUCUGUGUCUGUCUCUCUCCCUCACGCACACAGACAGCAUUUCUUGUUAGCAUAUGGAAUAUGGGUUUAUGUAUGUCUUUCAACCUCCCUGGGCUCACAAGCUUUCUCAGAGCAUCUGCAGGCACAAGGGCUGUUCAAGAGCCACUGCACAAUGAAGAGGAACCAGGAGUAGCAGGCCGAGGGGCACAGCCUCGGCCCCUAGAACCUGAGGAAAUAAGAGCUGGGGGCAGGCCCCGGCGCCGAAGAGACCUGGGAAGCCGUCUACAGGCCCAGCGUCGAGCCCAGCGGGUGGCCUGGGCAGAGGUGGAUGAGAAUGAGGAGGCAGCCGUGAUCCCAGCCCAGGAGGAAGAAGACAGUGAGAAGCCAGUGGAAACUCAUGUGUCAGGGAAGAUUGGAGCCAAGAAACUACGGAAGCUAGAAGAGAAGCAGGCGCGAAAAGCCCAGCGUGAGGCAGAGGAGGCUGAGCGUGAGGAGCGGAAACGCCUGGAGUCCCAGCGUGAGGCAGAGUGGAAGAAGGAGGAGGAGAGACUUCGCCUGGAAGAGGAACAGAAGGAGGAGGAGGAGAGGAAGGCCCGGGAGGAGCAGGCCCAGCGGGAACAUGAGGAGUACCUGAAGCUGAAGGAGGCCUUCGUGGUGGAGGAGGAGGGCGUGGGCGAGACCAUGACUGAGGAACAGUCCCACAGCUUCCUGGCAGAGUUUAUCAACUACAUUAAGCAGUCCAAGGUCGUGCUCUUAGAAGACCUGGCUUCCCAAGUGGGCCUGCGGACUCAGGACACCAUCAACCGCAUCCAGGAUCUGCUGGCUGAAGGGACUCUAACUGGUGUGAUUGAUGACCGGGGCAAGUUCAUCUACAUAACCCCAGAAGAACUGGCUGCUGUGGCUAAUUUCAUCCGCCAGCGGGGCCGGGUAUCCAUCACCGAGCUUGCCCAGGCCAGCAACUCCCUCAUUGCUUGGGGCCAGCAGCCCCCUGCCCAGGCCCCAGCCUGACCUAACCCUUCCCUCUUGGACUCAGAAUUGGCAUGGCCUACCUACAUUUUUUAUCUCUCCCCACCACCCUGGGGCAGUGAUGACGUGUGGCCAGGCAGUGGCAGAUUAAAGGCCUGUGAGCAUUGCUGA